CCUGUCAUAGUCGCUUUCGAAAGUUGUCAACGCUCUGAUCAUGGAUUGGUCAAGCCCCCUUCUAUUGUUGUGGAUUACCCUAGUAGCCUCCGAUCCUGUAGCUGAUCCCUUAUUGGUGCAGCUGCCCAAUGGCCAAGUACGAGGACGGGACAAUGGAGCUUACUACAGCUACGAAGGGAUUCCAUACGCGGAACCUCCACUGGGAGAGCUCCGUUUUGAGUCACCUCAGCCCUACAACCGCAAAUGGAAAGAAGCUUUCAACGCUACUAAAACCCCUGCCUUUUGCAUUCAGUGGAGUCAUUUCGUUCAAGAGUCCGACAAAUUGUUAGGCGUCGAGGACUGCUUGACUAUCAGUGUGUACAAACCGAAGAAUGCAACACGCAAAGUCUUUCCAGUUGUAAUUGAGAUACACGGUGGCGCCUUCACUUUCACAGUAUCGAGUGAGAAGAGUCACGUGAAUAUGAUGGCCAACGGAAGAGUGAUUUUGGUAAGGUUUAACUAUCGAGUAGGACCGAUGGGAUUCGCUAGCACCGGGGACAAUGUUCUGCCCGGUAACUACGGCUUGAAGGAUCAGCGUUUGGCAAUGCAAUGGAUCAAGAAGAACAUCAAUUGCUUUGGUGGUGAUCCAGAGCAAAUGAUCGUAGUCGGUCUCGCUGCAGGCGGCGCCGCUGCCCAUUUGCAUCUGUUGCAGGAGAGCUUCAAGAGUGUGGCAAGAGGAGUCAUCUCAAUCAGUGGAAAUGCUCUGGAUCCCUGGGUAAUGCAGCAAGGCAUACAAAGUCGUACCUUAGAACUCGGUCGCACAUUGGGAUGCGGUUUAGCAAAAAGCUCUGUGGAGCUAAAGAAGUGCCUAAAAUCAAAGGAAGCAACGCAAGUAGUCAGAGCUGUGCACCAGCUCAUGGUCUUCGGGUUUGUGCCCUUCACUCCUUUCAGUCCGGUGAUUGAGCCCGCCGAUGUGCCAGAUGCCUUCCUGACCCAACACCCCAUCGACAUCAUCAGAAGUGGAAAGUUCUCCCAAAUACCUUGGACUGUAUCGUAUACCAGGGAGAAUGGAAUCUACAAUGCCGCCGAGCUAUUGAAGAGGCAAUGCGAUGGCACCGAGAUGAUCUACGAACUCAACAGUCGUUGGCUUGACCUGGCACCCGAAUUAUUGUUCUAUCGACAUGGCAAUCUGACAAUCGAGCAAAUGGACAAGCGUUCCCGAGAUCUUAGGGAACAAUAUUUGGGCAAUAAGAACUUCAGUGUGGAGAACUACUCAGAUGUGGAGCGCAUGUUCACCGAUAUUCUCUUCAAGAGUGGCACCGAAAAUGCAAUCGCUCUGCAUCGUCAAUAUGGAACGAGUCCCGUCUACGGCUAUGUCUACGAUAAUCCUUCGGAUUCUUCAUUUGGCAUAUGGCUUUCGAAUCGCACCGAUAUUACAUUUGGUACGGGCAUCGCGGACGAUUAUUUCCUAAUGUUUGAGCAUCCUCUUCGAUCGACGCUACGCAAAGAUGAGAAGCGCAUCUCCCAAAAUCUUGUUAAAAUGGUGGAAGACUUUGUAGAAAGCGAGAACAACACUCUCGUCUAUGACUCAUGUCCAUUUCCAAGCAGCAUGAAUAAGAAAAGGUUUCAAAUGAUGUCCAUUAGGCGCGACUGCUGUAAUUUAGAAAAAGUUCAAUCUGAUUGAGUUAAGAGAUUCCGAACUUACGCGAGUAUAACAUAACGUCAAUGUCAGUAACAAAAAAACACAUUUUGUAUUUUAAAUAAAUGAAUACUG